UUUUGUCUCCGACGAUCAUCAUAAAAGAGAGUCCCGUUGCGCGCCCGUCGAGAUGACUGUACUCACCCUGUCCGCCGUUGCCCCUGCCUUCGCGCACGGGCCAGCCAGUGCCGGAUACGCGCCCCACUCGCCCCUUAAGCGCCCGCGCUCCCCUGUAGAGUCGCCGUGUUCGCCGCGCCCCACGAAGCAGCUCCGCCGUCCACAAGCAGCGUCCAUGCAGCGCUCGUCGUCGCUCGUCCGCACAUCAUCAUUCCUAGACCUCUCCGAAGCAGCCGGCCGCCGGUCACCACGACCUCAGCCGCCCCGCCGGAGACACCCCUCGCCCGCACCACCCCCGCAGCCACAAAGUCAGCCGCAGUCCGCGCACGAGCAACCCAUCUACUUCACCCCCAAUGCCGCCGCACGCGCACCGACGCACUGCUCGUUCAACGCGUCGGCGAUGCGGAUAUCGUCGCCGUUGUCGCCACGUCGCUCGCUUAUGCCAGCGCGACGCGCCUUUCCCGCCGGCCGGCGCGAGCCCGAUCUGCACAAGCAGGCCCUUAGAGGGUGUAUGGCGCGCUCGCCGAUGGGUCAGGACGUGCUGGCGCUGGGUGCUCGUGUCGCUUGCGCACGCGCGGAGGCUGCUCGGCAGCUCCCCACGGUGAUGUCAGCCACGGAGGAGUUGGAGGGCCUGUUGGACGAUGACUCUAUGAUGACUAUCGACGUGGACGAGGACGGAGAUGUGAUGAUGGCGGACGACUAAAGGCGAAGGGCAGAAGAACUGCUGGCGCCACACCAGAACGACGACACGCGUGCACCAUACCAAGGCUGUGCGUCUUUUCACCGAUAUAUCCUUUCACGAUUGGCUGCGAUGGGGCGUUUCCCGACGGACAGCAGGGCUUUGACGCGGAUUUUGUACUCACAGAUAACUUAUAACACACACACAAAGCGCAUAGGCGCGCAUACAUCGUCUCCAGGUUUUUCUUCUCUUUGUUGUCACUGUAUCAUCACCAUGCAUACCUUCUACUUACAGCUGUAGUUCCUCAGUCGUGUGCUCGGUACACGCAAGUGCUGGCACUAUUCCUAAUGAACCUUUCUGAAACCCAGACAAA